AUGUGAAUUGUUUUAAAAAGAAAAAUAGCAGUGUAAAUAUAUUCGUUUAUUUUACGAAACUUUGAUGCCUUGUAGUUAAAUUUAUUGUAAUAAAUUUUUGAUGAGAUGGCGUCAUGCUGACUUGUUAAGAAUCUGAUUAACAUCCAUAAAAAUAUCUGGUUGCAGGACGCCAAGAUUUGAGCUGGGAAGGGCGACCAUUCUUGGGAAAAAAGGCCAUUUACUUAGUAAGUACAUGCAUGACGAAGACAACAAAUAUGGUCUGCGUGUGACAAAUCUGAGGGGUGAUAAAUGGAUUGCAUAUGGUGAUGGGAUGUUGCUCGAAAGAAAGAGCAGAGAUAAUCUUAGGAUUGUAGUAAAAGCUGUACAGAUUUCAGUUGAUCAAGUGUACGAGGCGUACAGCUACCCUACCAAAGCUCUUGAUCCUUCUGUGGUGACCGAAUUGAUACCUUUCAUUGACAUCGAGGAGACAAACAACGCCCCACUUUUUCAGGUGAAGGAUGGGAAAGUCCACAGAAGAUCAAACAUAAAUGAUCGUCAGGAUACAAGUACUACUGAAAAUUGGUGGGGGCUAACAACAUUAGUAAAGAUAACUAUGUGUUGUUAUUAA